CCAUCCGCCGGUCCAGGUGCGCGGGGCGGGCCCAGGUGUGUGCGGGUAGCGGCCUCGCAGGCGCCGCCCUCGGCGUCCGCGGCCCGGGCCUGAGGGACCGUUACCCGCCCGCCGCCCUCCGCCCCUCGGAAGCCCGAAUGUGGCGUCGCUGGUCCCCAAGCCUGGGCGCCGAGAACCAGGGCUCUGAGAGUGAGGAGCUUCGGAAUGAUGGGCUCAGGCCUCUCCGAGCGUUAGGCAUGACCUCCUCGGCGCGGGUUUUAGGUUCCCUCCCGACCUUAGCCUUCCAGGGCGGCUGCACGUUUCAUUUAAUUGCUCACACGGAACUUUUUAAGUGGCAUUAAUUUUGGCGUGACUUUUAAGGGCAAGCAUGUGAGAGUUUCUUUGGUUUUGGAAGACUACCUAAUUUUGACAUCUCAGAGCUCAAGAUUUACGGAUGAUAGCUACCUGGCUGCUCAUUUCAAAAGAAGAAUAAAAUGUUUUACUCUGCAGAAACGCAGUGUUUGAUGUCUGGAAGGCACUCAGCCAGCCCUGGAGCAGGAAGUGAGGUGGGCUCGCCUAUCAAGUUCAAGUACUCCAGCCACAGUGAUUUUUGUUCUCCAUCUUCCUUUGAAGAUAGUGGCCAUCAUGAGUUGUCAAGAUCUUGUAGCUUUGAUAAUGCAGAUAAAGAAUUUUUUGCAAAGAAAGAAAAGGACCCUGAAAUUUCAGGCCUGGGCUCAAUACACUCCCUAGAGUCUCCUGCUCAAAGAAAGAAAUUUGUCUUCCCUAGGAAGGAAAAUACCCCAGAACUAUGUGAAACUCCUAAAGUUGGUGGAAAAAAGUCUUUACCACGUAGAAGGUUAGAUGUAUCUUUCUCACUUCUAAAGAAAGACUCUGAAUCACAAAACAGUUCUCAAAGUAGUAUAAGCCAAGUUCUCAAUUUGGAAAAAAGUAUUCCUAACAGUGCUUUGGGUUUUCCAGAGCAAAAUAGCUUUAGCCCUUUAGUUACUAGCAGUGUAAAAACAGAAGAAGUGACUUCUAGCAGUCAAACCUUAAGACUAAAUUUUUCUCAACACAAGACUUCCACAAUUGAUGAUUCCAAAGAUGACUGUAGGCUAUUUGAAGUUGAAUGCAUAUCUCCAAUUCAGGGCAAUAAUUUUAAAGAUUCAAUCGCACACAACUUUAGUGAUAGCAGUUUGAGUGUUAAUGAUGAAAAUACAUAUCCUGAACUUCUGGGAUCCUCUGGUAGUAGAACAACCUAUAGUAGAGAUGAGGACAUAUUUGUGACUCCAAUAAGUAAUCUUGCAGCAGACAUUAAAUUUGCUGCAAGUCAAAGACUUUCUCCUUCAGUUGUGGUGAGAGGCAAUAUUUCCACUCCUGAAGACAGUGGUUUUAACUCACUGAGCUUGGAUAAGUCAGAAGAUUCCUUCUCUGAUCCGGAGGGUUCUUUUCAAGAACUAUUUCAGAAAUAUAAAGGGACUUGCAAUGUGGGAGACACGAUGAGAAAAUCAGGGUGUCUUGGAAGGUCAAGAAGACUGUCCACUCUUCAGGAGCAAAGCUCACAGUCCGAGUCAGAGGAGGAAAAGCACAUCAGCCACCCUAGGUCUGAAACAAGACCGGCAGCUGCUUCAGACACCUUGGAAAGUCAGCUGUGUACAGAUAAUACAAGUAGGGAUUUGACUUUAAGCUUUAAGAACUUAUCAAGGACCCCAGCCUUGCAAUUGGUGCAUGAACUUUGUAUGAAAAGCAAAAGGAAAAGAUUCCAGGGAAAGGAUACAGAUGAAUUCUUAGAAGAAAGGGAUGAGGGGAAAAUAGCUGUACUGCAGUGUGCACUUGCUGGACUGAUUGGCAAGAAGAUGGGUAUAGAACAACUGGACAUCUUAUCAGAAUUAAAAUAUAGAAAUUUAAAGCAUAUCCUUACUAUGGUUUUAGAUUCCUUGACUGCAGAGAGCCUAUACAGUGUUUGGAAUGUCAGCAGAAACUGGCGUGAAAUUAUUGUUCAAGAUAAAAGGGCAAAUCGGAGGAGAAAAUGUUAUAUCACACAACUAAAGGCAGAUUCUGAGGCGGCUGUGUUAAAUGUUGAGGAUGCUGCCACUCGGCUGCAUCUUUCACAUCGCUCAGCUUUAAGAUCAGUACAAGCACAGGCUCGGACACCCGGUUCUCAGAAAGAGCAAGUUCCAACUCUGUCUCCUUGGGGAGAAGUUUUGACACCUGUGGCAAGCUCUUCACUCACCCACAUAAGCAGUAAACAGGAAGAAUAUGUGAAGGUCGCCAGGACACUUUUUAUUGAUGAAGCAUUGAAGCCUUGUCCGAGGUGCCAAUCCCCUGCCAAGUACCAGCCAUAUAAGAAAAGGGCACUGUGUAGCCGCACAGCUUGUGGUUUUGACUUUUGUGUGCUAUGUCUGUGUGCUUAUCAUGGGUCUGAAGAAUGCAGCAAAGGAGCAACAAACCCAAGGAACAGAAAAGAUGCUCUCCCAGGAAGUGCCCAGAGUAAGCGGAACUUAAAACGCCUGUAGAGAGACUGCAAAGAAGUCCUCCCCCGUGCAGUGCUUUAUUUUUCUGACUUAAAAUUAUGACUAUUUUGAACACAUGAAAAUCUUCCCAUUAAUGAAAGAUGACGAUUUAUUUCCUAUUUUGUAUAUAUUUAAUACAUGUCGUUGCUUGUUUUCUUUAAA